AAGAGAAAUGAUCUUAUAAAUGCGAUCGUCAAUUCUCCUUUAUUUUGCUCUCAUAGACCUGCAUUGAUUUCUGAUUGAGUGUCAUUCUCUUCUUCGAUUGAUUUAGAGUCAUUUUACUGUCUGCUGAAUAUGGCGCAAUUCUCGGAUCGCGCAGAGGAAGUGCGCAAUUUACUCGGGGCCGUACAGGACUUGCUCAUUCCCUUCAUAAGUUCAGCAGACUCUACCCCAACUUCAAACGGGGACUCCGCAAAUGGCAUACAUACCGAUAUCAAUACGCCAAGUACUUCCCUUGUCGAUUAUAAGAGUCCUGAGGAGCUCCGGAAGAUUUUGAAGCUUGAUUUGCCUUCUUCCGGGCAAGGACAGGAAGGUCUUCUCCAGGCACUUCAGCAAGUACUACGUUACUCGGUGAACACCUGGCACCAGGGGUUUCUAGACAAGCUAUAUGCUUCCACGAAUGCUCCAGGAGUAGCUGCAGAACUCAUUCUCGCCGCUCUCAAUACAAACGUCCAUGUAUAUCAAGUUUCGCCUGUCCUCACCCUGAUCGAAAAACACACGGCAAAGCAAUUGGCAUUGUUAUUCGGUCUCAAUGGACCUCACUCCGGCGGAAUCUCCGUCCAAGGUGGAUCAGCAUCAAAUACCACCUCUAUUGUGAUAGCAAGAAACGUACUAUAUCCCAAAGCCAAGACUGAGGGUAAUGGUAAUUAUCGAUUCGUCAUUUUCACUAGCGGUCAUGGCCAUUACAGCAUCGAGAAAGCAGCCCAGAUGCUUGGACUCGGAAGUAGUGCUGUCUGGGCCGUGCCUAUUGACAAUCAAGGUCGCAUGAUUUCCUCAGAACUAGAAAAUCUGAUAGAAAAGGCCAAAUCCGAAGGCCGAACGCCAUUCUAUGUCAACGCUACUGCUGGUACUACCGUUUUGGGAUCCUUUGAUCCAUUUCACGAAAUCGCGGCUAUUUGCAAGAAAUACAACCUCUGGUUCCACAUUGAUGGGUCAUGGGGUGGAUCAUUUAUCUUCUCUGCCCGUCAGAAGCACAAGCUUUCUGGGGCAGAAAAAGCUAAUAGUAUUGCUAUCAAUCCGCAUAAGAUGCUUGGUGUGCCUGUAACUUGUUCAUUCUUAUUGGCGGCAGAUAUCCGUCAAUUUCACCGUGCAAAUACCCUCCCUGCUGGAUAUCUGUUCCAUAAUAACCCAGAAUUAGAACAAACCAAUGGUUACCUCCAUGAAGAUCCAGCUACCGAUUUGCAGGUUGAUUCACCUGAAGUCUGGGACCUGGCAGAUUUGACCCUCCAAUGUGGCCGUCGAGCCGACUCACUCAAAUUGUUUUUGAGUUGGACAUAUUAUGGAUCACAAGGCUAUGAACGCCGUAUAGAUGAAGCCACUGAUGUGGCCGCACAUCUGGCAACCCUCAUUGACAAUCACCCUGAUUUCGUUCUCGUCAGUGAGAAUCCUCCACCAUGUCUUCAAGUUUGCUUCUACUAUGCACCCGGCAAGCGUUUUGCGUGCGAAGCCGAUGGCUCAAUCGAUUCGGACAAUGUGCACGCCGCGAAAAAUAGCAGAGUGACUGAAGAAGUUACCCGCGCAAUCGUAAGCAAAGGCUAUAUGGUUGAUUAUGCACCUCCUUCCGGCGAUGACGUUGAUCUUAGAGGAAAAGGAAAGUUCUUCCGUUGCGUUGUGAAUAUCUCGACUGAGAGGCGGACGGUUGAGGGUUUAAUUCGUGCCAUUGAGGAUGUUGGUCCGGCAGUAAUCAAGAAGCUGAAACUUGAUUCAACCGCUUAGUAUAUACCAAUAAUGACGUGUUAAUCCACGUCCACCACUUUACAUAGAGUCUUCAUGUAUCUAGACAUAGACAUUUUCAGAAAAUAAAUUUGCAUUUGGCCUU